CGCCGCACAACCACAUAGCGCAACACCAAAGCGGGUCUGCCCUCCGCCUCGCACGCGUGUUCCUCUGACCCAGAACCAGACCGGCACUCAUUCAUCCAGCACUCGCUGAAACUGCGGCAUUUCUCCCUCCCGCCCCAACCGUAUCCCGGAGAGCAGCGAUGUUUUCCUGCAGAGCGGCGUGGCAAAGGUGCGGGCCUCUGGCGCGGAAAGCAGCCUUCAGGUUGCCCCGGGAUGUUGUGCAGCGGCGACCGAUGUCGUCGGUCCCCGGAGGGUCCGGCGAGAACAUCGUCUACACCUUGCUGUGUGGUGGAGCCAUGGUGGCCGCCGUGUCAUACACCUACAGCACUGUGAACACGGACAGCGCCAGGUUCAACGAUCGCGUUGCAGAAAUCAAUGCGCGGCCCAAGACCGAGUGGGUACCUAAACCAUGGCCCCCGAAGAGCAGGGACGAAGACGAGGCUGGAGAGGAGGAGGAAGUGGCAGCAGAGGAGGCCAGCGAAGAGGCCGAAGCAGAGCUCGUUGGCGAGGCCGCGGCCUCUGAUGGCGAGGGAGAGACCGUGGCCGAGGAGGUCGUCGAGGUGGUCGCCGAAGUGGCCGAGGAAGUGGCGGAGGAAGUAGCCGAGGCCGUGCAGGAAGUGGAGACGGUCGCUGAAGAAGUGGCUCACGCGGCCGAAGCGGUCCAGGAGACCGCCCAGGCGGAGGCCGACAGCAACGUGCCGCUGGCAGCUGCCGCCGCUCUAGAGGUACCAAAGAUAACGGAAGAGUUGGCACCGGCUGUUGAAGAAAUCGAUGAGUCCCUGGCACCAGUUGAGGAGGCUAGUAAGCCAGCAGAAGAGGCCCUUGCCCCAGUAGAAUUUGUAGCCGCAGAAGAGGUCCCUGCACCAGUUGAGGUUGCACCAGUGGCUGAAGAGGCUACCGCACCAGUGGUUGAAGAGGCCCCUACACCGGUAGAGGUUGUACCAGUGGUUGAAGAGGCCCCUGCACCGGUAGAGGUUGCACCAGUGGUUGAAGAGGCCCCUGCACCGGUAGAGGUUGCACCAGUGGUUGAAGAGGCCCCUGCACCGGUAGAGGUUGUACCAGUGGUUGAAGAGGCCCCUGCACCGGUAGAGGUUGCACCAGUGGUUGAAGAGGCCCCUGCACCGGUAGAGGUUGUACCAGUGGUUGAAGAGGCCCCUGCACCGGUAGAGGUUGCACCAGUGGUUGAAGAGGCCCCUGCACCGGUAGAGGUUGCACCAGUGGUUGAAGAGGCCCCUGCACCGGUAGAGGUUGCACCAGUGGUUGAAGAGGCUCCUGCACCGGUAGAGGUUGUACCAGUGGUUGAAGAGGCUCCUGCACCGGUAGAGGUUUUACCAGUGGGUGAAGAUGCACCGGUAGAAGUUGUACCAGCCCUUGCCCCGGUAGAGGUUGCACCAGUGGUUGAAGAGGCCCCAGUACUGGUUGAGGUUGCACCAGUGGUUGAAGAGGCAGCGGUAGAGGCUGCACCAGCAGAAGAGGCCCCAGCACCGGUUGAAGAAGCCUUGGCAGCAGUAGAACCUGAAGUUACCACAGCUGCUGCUGAAGAACCAGUCACCACCGCAGUUGAAGAAGAAGUUGCGGCAACCCCCGCUGCAGAAGUAAGCCCUGUGGUGGUGGAAGAAACAGCUGGCGAGACCUUGGCAGAAGUUCCAAAGAGAGAGUACAUUGUUGUGGUCCUGGAAGGAACACCUAAAGCUGAUAAAUCUCCCAAAGUGCUUGGAGUGGGGCCCAUGACUGGUAGAAUCAUCCCAGCUCCAGACAACGACCCUGCUUCUGAGGGUAGGCGACGCCUUCUUAGGAUGCAAAUGCAGUAGUUCCAAAUAAGUGAACGGCUUCCUGAAUGAUGACUGUCUAUCCCGCAGAAGAAGAUGGAUGUGCCUUUCUCCAACACUUUAGCCAUACUCCCUUUUUAACCAUAAAAAAACAACCUGGAAGGGACUAAUACUAAAUGUAGUUCCAGUGUACAGAUAGACAUACAGCACAGUGUUCAGUGGCUGCUUUGUGCAGCCAUCAACCCGACAUAUGAACCCAUUAAUGUGACACUCCACACUGACUUGCAUGUGUACUCUCUGGUCCCAGAUGAGCAGAUCUUUGCUUUGUCCUUUAGUAGCCUCAAUAACAGUUAUUGAAACUUCAACAGAACCAUUCAGUCACCCUUUAUGUUGUGUUACUGUCAGUGUUUACCGCCUCAGAAAGCUUACUAGUUUUAUGUUUAAAGAAGCAAAGGGGGAGGAGGAUGUCUUACUAAAUCAGCAUUCUUCACAAUACCAGACCUCAGGUUUCUUUCUCUCGGUGUGAAAAGAAAGAGAACAGCUGGAACUGCUGUACUAUUGAAAUGAAGACGCACCUUGAACACCUGGCUCAGCGGCCCUUUGUACAGAAGCUACCUCAGCGUUCCUCGGGUUUUCAGUCAUUGGUUGGGGGCGUGGCCAGACAUGCAAGCAGCAGAUGUUGAGUUUCCUUGUCUGGUGAGUUUGUUCCUCAAUUUAUGUAUGAAAUAUGGGAUAUCUUUGUGAUAUUAAGUUGCAAUGUCUUUUAAACUUAGCCAAAAGCUUUCCUGCACCCCUUUGAACUCCAUCUCCUCCUAACGUGGUUCAUUUGACCUUGGUUGUGGGUUCAGUGGGUCAAAGAAGCAGCUUUUUUUUAAUUAUUCUUGUCUUCGUUCCAGCGGUCAGGUGUGGACGUGUGAUUUAAAGGCUUUGCAGCAAGUAUGAACAGUAAUGUUUUCAGAUGAGCGGCGUGCGACAUGAAAUGUGCGUGUGUGUGUGUUUUGGAGGUGUUGCGUAAUGUCUGAAGUAAAGUGUCCUGUGUGAAAUGCUUUGACGGCUCCUGUUGUGAUCUUUUCUUUCCUCUUUCACAUUUUCUCACCCCUGCUAUUGAAGUUCUGGCUGUUAGCUCUCUGUACGGAGUCGCUGAGGGAACAUGUGGACUUGACUGAGUAUGUAUUUGUGUUUUUUUAAAUGGAAAUGAGAUUCAUAAAUUGACACACUCGUCGGUCUUUGUUGCUCGUAGGUUUCUGUAGUAGGAUGUGAUGUGGAUGCCUUUGACUGAGCAGAGGUUUCACAUAACAGUUUUUCUUGUUUUUGCAAAAUAAAGUGGGAUUAAACAUGA